AUGGAAGCACCCCGCCAUCAAGUACGUCACUGGCGACUUGCGCGACCUGGCCGCUGUGGAGGCGGCCAUCAAGGGUGCAGACUGCGUGUGGCACAACGGGGCAGCCGUGGGACCAUACCACCCUCAGGAGCUAUACCACGCCGUGAACGUAGUUGGAACUGCCAACGUGAUUUCUGCGUGCCAGAAGCACGGGGUGACGAAGUUGGUGUUCUCGUCGUCCCCGUCAACUACGGAUUCGGGCCAACUUCCGCCACGGACCCCGACGGGGCCACCGAGGAGGAGAUGCCUUCUCUGCCGCAGGCCACGUACGUCCAGGAAUACGCCAAGACGAAGGCAGAAGCUGAGCUCUUGGUGCGCGAGGCGUGCAGCGAGGGUCUGCUCACCAUCGCGGUCGCCCCACACCAGGUCUACGGCCCCAGGGACAACCUGUUCCUGCCGAACAUCCUCGAGGUGAGCGGACUGGGCAAGUUGCGCGUGUUCGGGCCGGGCCGCAACCGCAUCUGCUUCACGCACGUGGAGCUCAAGCAACUGGUGGGCGCGCCGCCCCGAAGCGGCAUCACCGACGAGAUGGAGCAGGUGCGGCUGGCGGCCAACCCGGAGGGGCUCGCUUUGCUGCAGAAGCGACUCCAGAUUUCGUAA